UUUGUUAGUCCUGUUACCUUGUAGCAGGUACGAUGGGGUUUUAAACGCGUAAAAUGCGUGUCAGAUAUUUUUCAGUCGCGCGAGGUUCCGUACACAGUAUUUAUGCUGGAUUUUUUAAGAUGAAUUUCCCUCGCGUUUUAUCAGUACGCCGAGCGUGAGAGACGCAUGACGUCUGUCGAAAAUUAAACAUGUUGAUGCCAUUUGCAGGUGUAAGAGCACCAGGACGUCAAGUGCAAUGAGUUUGGAAGUUUAUUUCCCCCGACAUUAUACCUUACAAGGGCUAACGGAGAAAUAAGAGUGGAUUUUUAUUGCGCGUCAUUGAGGAGAGCUUUUAUUCGGGUGAAAACGUUUGCAUUUACGGGACUUCUAUGGAGUUGGACCUGGAUUAAAGAUAAAGCUUUGCUGGCUCGGAAUACAUGUGGAAAGGACUGUACCUUUCCCCUCUGAGCGCCCAGUCACCCUUCAGGAACGAGGCAAAGCAGGUAAAUGCCGGGCCUGCUGAAUGAAGGUGAGCAGAAGCACGUGGACCUUAGAGGUUUCGUCUAACUCAUGAUGCCAUCUUCCACACGGAAGGGGGGAACCCUGAAAGAUGCAGAGUUUGGCAACCUCUUUUUCAAGGAUGACCCGGAGGAAGUCUUCUGCGACCUGCAUGAGAUUGGUCAUGGGAGUUUCGGAGCAGUGUAUUUUGCCCGAAACUCCUACUCCAAUGAGGUGGUGGCCAUUAAGAAGAUGUCCUACAAUGGCAAACAGACCACUGAGAAGUGGCAGGACAUUAUUAAAGAGGUGAAGUUUUUGGAACAGCUGCGGCAUCCAAACACUAUCGAAUACAAAGGCUGCUACUUGAAGGACAACACAGCUUGGCUUGUGAUGGAGUAUUGUCUGGGCUCUGCAUCAGACUUGUUAGAAGUUCACAAGAAGCCACUGCAAGAGGUUGAAAUUGCUGCCAUUACCCAUGGUGCCUUGCUAGGACUGGCUUACCUACAUUCCCAUAACAUGAUCCACAGAGAUGUGAAGGCUGGAAAUAUUCUGCUGACAGAGCCCGGUCAGGUCAAACUGGCUGAUUUUGGAUCCGCUUCCGUCGCCUCACCUGCCAACUCCUUUGUGGGAACUCCGUACUGGAUGGCUCCAGAAGUGAUUUUAGCCAUGGAUGAGGGCCAGUAUGAGGGAAAGGUGGACGUCUGGUCACUGGGGAUAACCUGCAUUGAGCUGGCUGAACGCAAGCCUCCUCUCUUCAACAUGAACGCUAUGAGUGCCUUGUACCACAUCGCCCAAAACGACUCUCCCACCUUACAGUCCAAUGAGUGGUCGGAUGCAUUCCGGAGUUUCGUUGACUACUGCCUAUUAAAGAUUCCUCAGGACAGACCCUCCUCAGCCGAGCUCCUGCGGCACGACUUUGUAAGAAGAGACCGUCCUCCUCGGGUCCUGAUCGACCUUAUCCAGAGGACAAAGGAUGCGGUCAGAGAACUGGACAACCUGCAAUAUCGUAAAAUGAAGAAAAUCCUCUACCAAGAGAAACAUAACAGCCCCAUGGGGGAGUCACAGGAGGAGGAGGAGGAUGGAGAGCAAGCGGGCUGUAAGAUGAACAGUUUGGGGAGUAAUCACUCCAUCCCCAGCACCUCCGUCAGCACAGGCAGUCAGAGCAGCAGUGUCAACAGCCUACAGGAGGUCCCGGAUGACUCCUGCUCGGAGCUCCAUCACGAUUACGACAGUACCUUAGAGUCUUCCACACAUCACAAGAAGGAUCAUCAGUACAUUCGUGACGACCUCCCUCAUCGGGACCUCCGCUUGGACCAGCGACCGUCCCCGUCGGAACGAGGCCAGGCUCACAACUAUAAAAACCGCGAGCGCUUCGCCACCAUCAAAUCAGCCUCGCUGGUGACACGUCAGAUCCACGAGCAUGAGCAGGAAAAUGAACUGCGGGAGCAGAUGUCGGGAUACAAACGCAUGCGGCGGCAGCACCAAAAGCAGCUCAUCGCUUUGGAGAACAAGCUGAAAGCAGAGAUGGACGAGCACCGACUGAAGCUCCAGAAAGAGCUGGAGACCCACGCCAACAAUGCCUUCAUCGAACUGGAGAAACUGGCCAAGAAACACGCCAUCCAGACGGACAAAGAAAUGAAAACGCUGGCAGCCGAUGAGAAGAAGUUUCAGCAGCAGAUCAUGGCCCAGCAGAAGAAAGAGCUCACCACCUUCCUGGAUACCCAAAAGAAACAGUACAAACUGUGCAAGGAGAAGAUUAAAGAGGAAAUGAGUGAAGACCACAGCACGCCUAAGAAAGAGAAACAGGAAAGACUGUCCAAGCACAAGGAGAACAUCCAGCACUCUCAGGCCGAAGAAGAGGCUCAGCUCCUGGGUCAGCAGAGGUCCUUCUAUGACCGAAACUGCAGGGCCUUUAAACGCAAGAUCAUGAUCAAGAGGCACGAGUUCGAGCAGGAGCAGUUAAGAGAGGAGUUAAAUAAGAAGAAAACUCAGAAGGAAAUGGAGCAUGCCAUGUUGAUCAGACAGGACGAGUCGACUCAAGAGCUCGAGCAUCGACAGCUGAGGACUCUACAGAAACUCCGUAUGGACCUGAUCCGACUGCAACACCAGACAGAGCUGGAGAACCAGAUCGAGUACAACAACAGACGGGAGAGAGAACUGCACAGGAAACACGUGCUCGAACUUCGGCAACAGCCCAAGAACCUCAAGGCUAUGGAACUUCAAAUAAAGAAGCAGUUUCAGGACACAUGUAAGGUCCAGACGAAACAAUACAAGGCCCUGAGGCAUCAUCAGCUUGAGGUGACCCCCAAAAGUGAACACAAGACUGUCCUGAAGGCCCUGAAGGACGAGCAGACGCGCAAACUGGCCAUACUGGCCGAGCAGUAUGAACAGAGCAUCAAUGAGAUGAUGGCUUCACAGGCGCUGCGUCUGGAUGAAGCUCAGGAGGCCGAGUGCCAAGCUCUGAGACAACAGCUGCAGCAGGAGAUGGAGUUACUCAACGCCUACCAGAGUAAGAUCAAGAUCCAGACCGAGGCCCAGCACGAGCGUGAGCAGCAGAAACUGGAGCAGAAAGUCUCGCUGCGUCGAGCACAUCUUGAGCAAAAGAUUGAGGAGGAGCUGGCUUCUCUUCAGAAGGAGCGCACUGACAGAAUCAAAUACCUGCUGGACCGUCAGGAGCGAGAAAUCGACGCCUUUGAUAUGGAAAGCCUCCGUAUGGGUUUCAAUAACUUGGGUGCUUUGGACUACCCUAAAGACGACUACAGAUGAGACCCUAACACUUCGCCAUUCCUCCCACCCUCCAUUUUAUAUGGAACAAAUCUGCUGUUUUUGCUACUGACAGACCCAAUGCCCAUCAGGGCUGGCAUUUGCACAGGCCUAACACGUUUGGGCGCCAUCUUCUGGACACGUCGUGGGAUAACAUGCUGGAGAAUGUCCUUAGUUGUCUUAUAUAUAUGCGACGAUUAAACCUGUCACAGUGUUGAUGUCAAUGUUUUCUCGUGCAAUGAUAACACUUUUGGUGUAACUAUAAUUAAAAUCUAGAGAUUUCAAGACAGACAUGCAAUACACAUGGGGGGUUUGUAUUGCGAGUUUUAAUCCAGAUGCAAAUGCACAGUUUUUUUAUUUGCUCAUUUUUUGAUUUGAGGAAUUGUUUUAGUUUAGAUUAUUUUUCAGCCUCCUGCCUAUUGCUGCUUGAAUCUCUCUUUGUAUUUAUUCACCAAGAAAAUAAAAAUUCAAAAGUUUUAUUAAGUAUUGAAGAAAUUUGAUAAAGUUUGCCUAUUAAAACAAUGUACAUAUUUGAUAGCUGCAUUAUGGUAAUUGAAUCUGGGUUCUUUUUUGCAAGAACCCACUGCAUUCGUACGUACAGUACCGCAAUUCACCUCGGCCAAGGUGGAAAAUGUGAAAUAAUACAUAUGUGAAUCCUAACUCGUGGUACCCGCACAAA